UUUGAAAUUAAUGUUAAGCUUUCGUAUUUUGUUGUGUACUCAUUUAAUCAAACCAAUAGUGUAAGAAGACGUUUUUAAAAUCAAGUAAGCUUAUUUGUGAAUAAAAAACGACAACAAAGUCGCAGUCCUGUUGUGCUGCCAAUGUCAUUAAAGACACCCACUCAAAUAAAAUCGUAAAGUACAAAAGUACAAACUUGGCAGCAGACUGUGUCGCAGACGCAAGAACUGUGUUUAGAAUGUUAAGAAAACGCAUUUGAGAGCAAAUAUUUGUUUGAGGUUUUUAACUUAACUGAAGAGGUUCCGGUGCUAAGCCCCGGCACAAAUUAACCACUGAUGUUUUCUGUGUGGCAUUGCAGUAACGUGUUCUGAAGAAACCAAUGCUAGAGGUCCCUAUUGAGCUGGAGAAGCAUUCCCUCUUUCAGGGUCUGCUCGUGGACUCCUCUGCGUUUCUGUUUGGCACACUGAGGCGGUGAACAUCUGCAAUUCUGAGUCAACGCUGGCUCGGCGUCCUGAUGCUGAGCGCUGGGAGGAUGGAGGAGUUUGAGACCGCGGAAGAGGAGCCGUGGUAUGAUCAACAAGACCUGGAACAAGACCUGCACCUGGCCGCUGAGCUCGGGAAGACCCUGCUGGAGCGCAACAAGGAGCUGGAGGACUCAUUGCAGCAGAUGUACCUGACCAAUGAGGAGCAAGUGCAGGAGAUAGAGUACUUGUCCAAGCAGCUGGAGAUGCUGCGGGAGAUGAACGAGCAGCACGCCAAGGUGUACGAGCAGCUGGACGUGAGCGCGCGCAGCCUGGAGCGCACCAAUCACAGGCUCGUCCUGGAGAGCAAGGCAGCCCAGCAGAAAAGUGACCGGAUGACAGAGACCAUCGAGACCCUGCAGGGCCAGGUGGAGGCGCUGCAGGCGCAGGUGGAAGAGCUACGCAGCCUGGAACAGCUGUGUGUCAGGAGAGAGAAGAGGGAGAGGCGCAAGACCAUCCACUCCUUCCCCUGCCUCAAAGAGCUGUGCUCAUCACCCAGGUACGAGGAUGGCUUUGUGAUCCGGAGCUCGCAGUCGGAGCUGGAGCCUAAGCCGCUGGAACAUGAGAACGAGCGCCUGCGGGAGACGGUGAGCUUGCUGCGCUCUCAGAUCCAGCAGGAGCGGCAGCGCAAAGAGGGGGCGGAGCGGGAGUGCGCCGCUAUGCUGCAUGAGUACUCAGAGCUGGAGCACCGGCUGCACCAGGCGGAGGGCUGCCACCUGCGCAUCCACGAGCUGGAGGCUGAGCUGCUGGAGCUGCAGCAGAUGAAGCAGAUCAAGAAGUACCUGCUGAUCGGAGAGGACAGCCUGGCCGAGGCCCUGCUGGAGCCUCUUAACAACACCCCGGAGACGGACGAAGCAGGGGGGAGCGGAGGCCGCAGCCAUGCUCUGUCCCCCACCAGCCCCCCGGCCGCCAGCCCAGUGCGGAAGAGCUGCAGCGACACAGCACUCAACACGAUCGUCACCAAGGAUGCCGCCAGCCGGCACCAAGGCAACUACACCCUGCAUGCCAAUAACGUGCGCAAGCGGGGCAUGUCGAUCCUGCGCGAGGUGGAUGAGCAGUACCAUGCCCUGCUGGAGAAGUAUGAGGAGCUCCUGGGCAAGUGCCGGCGCCAUGAGGAGAGCCUGCGCCACAUGGGCGUCCAGACCUCCCGGCCCGUCUCUCGAGACACCUCCCUGAGGGACUGCCACAUGCCAGAGCUUUCCCAAGACGCAGAGGAGCGCAAGGCCGUGGAGAACAUCAGCAAGCACGUAGAGGCGGUGGACAAGAGGCUAGGCCAGACCACCCCCGAGUACAAGGCCCUCUUCAAGGAGAUCUUCUCACGCAUCCAGAAGACCAAGACAGACAUGAAAUCCAGUAAAACCAGCAAGAGCAGCAAAUAAACAGAACCACGCAGCUCCCCUUUCCGUUUCAUCGUAUUACUGGACUACCUGCCUGGCUUAAUUAACCGCUGAUAAAGAGCAGGGAAUCUGCAGCCAGGGUUCUCAGUAUUAAUGCAGUAGCAUUAGGUCUGUUUUUUGAGGGAUCACCCCUCUUACACUCACUGCAAAGAAAUGUAUUUCACCUUUAGAACCGUAAACACCCAUGAAGCUGUAACAUGGGAACAAACAUGUAAUCCGCUUACUAAAACACACACAGAGCUUGUACUAUCUUACAAAGACAGGGCGCUUUAGACAUAUAUCUUUA